CAGUCAGCUAAAGGAAGUGAGUUUCUUUAGGAACUGUUAGCAACAUUUCGUUAAAAUUUAUGUGAAAAAGAACGGGCAAUUCAAGUUUUGCAAAAAAUGCAAUCAAUUACUCCCUUUGUAUGGAGCAGCAAAUGAACUGACCAUGGACUUGGUGGUAUCAGUGACGUCAUGACCAAGCGUCGUGCAUACGAGUGUAGAGGAUAGGUGUGGGCCUAAUGUGAAAUGGAAAGAUAGUGAAAAAUAAGUGUUUCAUCCAAAGAUGGUGUGUUUUAUGAGUAGGUAGCGAGAGAGUUUAGAGAUUCUAGUAGUCUCAAGCUUUAGAAAGUAUUAGUAGUGCAGUGGGAGCGGGCUUUUUUUAAUAGCCUCGCUCUUUUGAGUGUUUUGUAUUCAAAGACACAUUCAAGAUGGCGCAUAACUUAGCUCCUAGCGUAAACUGUUCACUCGAUGACAUUGACUUGAAUGCACUAAAAGACCCUGCCGGAAUAUUCGAACUGAUUGAGGUUGUGGGAAAUGGGACGUACGGACAGGUGUAUAAGGGUCGCCACACCAAGACUGGUCAGCUGGCGGCCAUUAAAGUCAUGGACGUCACAGAGGAUGAAGAGGAAGAAAUCAAACUAGAAAUCAAUGUUCUCAAAAAGUACUCCAAUCACCGUAACAUUGCUACAUAUUAUGGUGCUUUUAUAAAGAAAAGUCCUCCUGGCAAAGAUGAUCAGUUAUGGUUGGUAAUGGAAUAUUGUGGUGCAGGUUCCGUGACAGAUCUUGUUAAAUCAACCAAAGGCCAGAGUCUUAAAGAGGAAUGGAUAGCAUAUAUCUGCAGGGAAAUACUGCGUGGCCUGAGUUACUUGCAUUCAAAUAAAGUUAUUCAUCGAGACAUUAAAGGUCAAAAUGUGUUGCUUACUGACAAUGCUGAAGUGAAAUUAGUGGAUUUUGGUGUUAGUGCACAACUGGACCGCACAAUAGGUCGACGUAAUACCUUCAUUGGUACGCCGUACUGGAUGGCUCCAGAAGUUAUUGCCUGUGAUGAGAACCCAGAUGCAACUUACGACAACCGAAGUGAUCUCUGGUCUUUGGGUAUUACUGCACUGGAGAUGGCAGAAUCACAACCACCAUUAUGUGAUUUGCAUCCUAUGAGGGCUUUGUUUCUAAUUCCUCGAAAUCCACCUCCUCGUCUAAAGUCUAAGAAGUGGGCUAAAAAAUUUCAUGGGUUUAUUGAGACUGUGCUAGUAAAAGACUAUCACCAGCGUCCCUACACUGAGCAACUGCUGAAGCACCCUUUCAUCCGGGAUCAGCCCACAGAACGCCAAGUACGCAUCCAACUUAAAGAUCACAUUGACCGUUGCAAGAAGCGGAAACAAGAGAAAGAACGUGAAGAUUAUCAUUAUAGUGGGUCUGAGAACGAAGAGGAGGAGACUGGAGUGGCUGGGGAACCGUCUUCCAUCGUUCAGGCUCCAGGAGGUGACACACUGCGUCGCAACUUUCAACAGAUCCAGGAGGGGCGCACACUCACGCAGUCUGAGUCGAAGGAGCCAAAGGAGUCGAAGCAUGGCAGGAAAGGUGAGCGUGAGGAGAUCCCAGAGCCGGGACCUCCCUCUCGGCCGCCCAUCCCGCAGCGGCUGAUUGUGGUCCCAGACCCCCACCCGCCAUCGCGACCACUGCCUCCUCCUCCACGGGAGGACCGCCAACCGAAGCCUGCAACGCCACCAACUGGCGCAUCAAGCCACCAGUCAGCCGCUGCUGGAGGCCAACAGGCUCAGCCACAACGCAACUCGCACAUCUUCAAACCGAUGCUUCCUCCACGUCGACCUGAGGACCUUGACAUGCUGGCUGCCCAACUCAACCUUAUGGGCAGUAGCCCAGCAGGCAGUGGCAGUCAGCCUGAGGCACCUGCAAGAGCCUCUCGCCAAAACGGCAAGGCUUCAGCAUCACAAGAACUUCCAUCGUCAUUGCCACAAUCCGCUUCUUCAAUUCUGGAUGCUGUGGAUUCUGAUUCUGAUGAAGAGGAAGAUGGUCGUGUGCGCAAUGACGGCACGCUGCUUGCCAGUGAUCCUCCAAAGCCACUGCCAGAGCUUUCUCCUUACAGACCGACGGAAUCUGCUCACAGCCCCCAGACGAUGGUGAUCCACGAUGUGCCGUCGUCGAGCGGCGCGCCCACGCGCCCGCUGCCCCCCACGCCCGACGAGGAGGAAAGCGGCGACCGCACACUCGUCAUGAAGCGGAGAGAGGCCGCCGCGAAACAACAGCAGAACAGGGAACUCGGAUCUGGAAGAGCAGCUGCUCUAAGGACUGGACUUGGCGCGCUUCUUCAAGGCCUUGGGCGGCAAGGCCGGGCCGCGGCGGCGACGUCGUCGCCGCGCGGCACGCCUCGCCCUCGGCCGCGGACGCGCGCAGAAGAGCCCUCGACGGCCGGCCCGCCGCCGCAGCACCGCCGCAACGGAGUCCGACUCGCGCCUGCCGCUCGGCGCUUCGGCUUCCGCCGCGAGAACUCGACCUUUUUCCCGUUCUCGGGCCGCCACCCCCAUUCUGUCAGAGUCGAAGGGCGGCGGCGUGGCGGAAUGCGGCGGAGCGGUGGCGGGUUGUUCUCCGGCUCGCGGCGCGGGUCCGACGCGUCGGUGGCGGGGCUGUUGGGCGGCGGAGGCGGCGGCGGCGGCGGUCCGCGCGGCGCGCGCGUGCCCGCCCGGCGAGCCCGUGCUCACGACUUCAGCCUGAACGGCUCUCGGCGGCGAAGCGCCGGCGCGGCCGCCGCCGCGAGGAAGACGGAGGGCGACAUCGUGCUGCUGCGCAGCGGCGCGGACUACGGCGAGGACGCGGCGGCGCGCUGA